AUGUGCGAGCCGCCGCCCAUCUUGGACUCUGGCCGGGGCGUUCUGCUGCCUCCGCCUGCGCCAGAAGAAGAAGGCGAGGCCGGCGAUGAGGAGGAACCCGAGCACGGCACCUAUAGCGAUGCCGACCUUGGCACCAGUGGGCAGCCCGCUGUUCGAGCCACGCUGCUCCGCGGUGAGGAAGGGCUCCGCCUGCUCCCUCUUGUCGUUCAGCUUGGCCGCGAAGAUCUUGCCGUCCGGGCACCCGGACCCCGUCUCGCACGGGUUGACGGAGCAGCAGCCCAUGAACGGGUUUGGCUUGGCCUCGGCGCAGGUCCACCACUGCACCUCGGGGGCGUCGCUGACGCAGAGCUGCGGCUUGAGGGAGUUGAAGGAGUACUUGUCGAAGGAGGUGUACUUGAGGUUGUCGUCGGGGCAGGCGCCCGUCGCCGUCUUGCACGGGUCGACGGAGCAGCAGCCGACGAACUGGGUGGGCUUGUCGUAGCAGACGUAGAAGGAUCCUCCCUUGGGGCAGGUGGCGCCCAGUGA